AUGCUAGCUAGUUGGACCUCACCCCAGAGAUCCCCAGCCCUGGCUCCAGAGGAUCAGGGAAGCUCGUACAAGGGAUCAGUGUCCUUCAAGGAUGUGGCUAUAGAUUUCAGCAGAGAGGAAUGGCAGCACCUGGAUCCUUCUCAGAGAAACCUCUACUGGGAUGUGAUGCUGGAGACCUACAGCCACCUGCUGUCAGUAGGGUAUCAACUUCCCAAAGGAGAGGCUGGCAUGUUAGAGCAAGGAAAGGAGCCAUGGGCACUGCAGGGUGAGAAUCCACAUCAGAGCUGUCCAGGAGAAAAGUUACUGGACCAUAACCAAUGUGGAAAAAUGCUAAGUUAUAAACAAACAUCCUCCCCAAAUCAGAAAAUGCAUACUGGAGAGAAGUCUGACAAUUGUACUAGAUUUCAAAAGAUCAUCACCCAGAAGUUACAGUUCAAGGUAUAUCUGAAAAGUCAGACAGGAGAAAAACUGUACAUAUGCGUUGAAUGUGGAAAGGCUUUUGUUCAGAACUCAGAAUUCAUUACACAUAAGAAAACCCAUACUAAGGAAGAACCUUAUACAGGCAAUGAAUGUGGAAAAUCCUUUUGCCAAGUAUCUUCUCUCUUCAGGCAUCAAAAAAUUCAUACCAGAGAAAAGCUCUCUGAAUUCAGUGAAUGUGGGAGAGGCUUCCAUUAUAACUCAGAUCUCACUAUAUAUGAGAAAACUCAUAAUAGAGAGAGACAUUCUCAAUGCAUAGAUUGUGGCAAAGCAUUUACACAAAAGUCCAUGCUCAGGGUACAUGAGAAAAUUCAUACAAGUAAGGGAUUCUAUAUAUGGAUGCAAUGUGGACAGGCCUUCAUCCAGAAGACUCAAUUGAUUACACAUCAAAGAAUUCAUAUUGGACAAAAACCAUAUGAAUGCAGUAAUGGUGGGCAGUCUUUCCUUUCCAAGUCACAACUUCAGCUGCAUCAACAAAUUCACACAAGAGUAAGGCCCUAUAUACAUACCGAAUAUGAGAAGGUCUUCAUUAGUAGUUCCAACCUUAUUACACAUGCAAAAGUUAAAAUUAGAGAGAAAUCUUUCAUGUGUACUGAAUGUGAAAAGGCUUUUACAUACAGGUCAGAUUUGAUUAUACAUCAGAGAAUUCACACUGGAGAAAAACCUUACAAAUGCAGUGUCUGUGGAAAAGCCUUCACUCAGAAGUCGGCACUCACAGUGCACCAGAGAAUUCACACAGGAGAAAAAUCAUAUGUGUGCAUGAAAUGUGGAUUGGCCUUCAUACGGAAGGCACACCUGGUUGUACAUCAAACAAUUCAUACUGGAGAAAAACCUUAUGAAUGUGGUCACUGUGGCAAAUUCUUUGCUUCCAAGUCACAACUCCAUGUGCAUAAACGAAUUCACACAGGAGAAAAACCCUAUGAGUGCAAUAACUGUGGAAAGGCAUUCACUAUCAGGUCAAAUCUCAUUACACAUCAGAAAACUCACACAGGAGAAAAACCUUAUGUAUGCUCUAAAUGUGGAAAGGCCUUUACUCACAGGUCAGAUUUGAUUACACACCAGAGAAUCCAUACUGGAGAGAAACCUUAUGUAUGUAGUACCUGUGGAAAAGCCUUCACUCAGAAAUCAAAUCUCAAUAUACACCAGAAAAUUCAUACUGGAGAGAGACAAUAUAAAUGCCAUGAGUGUGGGAAAGCCUUCAACCAGAAAUCAAUACUCACUGUGCAUCAGAAGAUUCAUACAGGGGAGAAACCAUAUGUAUGCACUGAGUGUGGAAGAGCCUUCAUCCAAAAGUCAAACUUUAUUACUCAUCAGAGAAUUCAUUCUGGGGAGAAACCUUACAAAUGCAGUGACUGUGGGAAAUCCUUCACCUCCAAGUCUCAGCUCCGGGUGCAUCAACUAAUUCACACAGGAGAGAAACCAUAUGUGUGUGCUGAGUGUGGGAAAGCCUUUACUGUUAGGUCAAGUCUAGGUAAACACCAGAAAACUCAUACAGGAGAAAAGCCCUACAUGUGUUCUGAAUGUGGGAAGACCUUCAGACGGAAGGCAGAGUUGAUUACACAUCAUAGAAUUCAUACUGGGGAGAAACCUUAUGAAUGCAGUGACUGUGGGAAGUCUUUCAUUAAGAAAUCACAGCUCCAAGUGCAUCAGCGAAUUCACACAGGAGAGAAGCCUUAUGUGUGUGCUGGGUGUGGGAAGGCCUUUACCAACAAGUCAAAUUUGAAUAAACACCAGACAACACACAAAGGAUAG